AUGCCAACCUUCAAGCUCCCGCCCGACAGCAACGUCACCCUGGAGCCGCCCGCCCCAAGCCGCUACUACCUCAAGGCUUCAAGCACGCAUAUAUACCUUGCACUGGUGGCCAUCGCAAUCUUGGUCGCCGCUCGACUUGCCACGGCACGGCGAAGCCCGUCUCGCAAAGGCCAUCCCAGUGUUCCAGUCAACAGCAGCAACAGCAACAGCAGCCACUCGCAAGAGCCCAAGCUAGGCCUGUCAUUAGAUUCGUGGAAGGAUUCAGCAGCGUCCUGCGGCAAGCGAGGUUCAGCCGUUCGUCCCCCCCCGUGGGCGCGGCAGCAGCAGGGGGGUCACCUCAGCUCUGUGUGUGAGUCGCAACAGGCCGUUUGGGCGGCGGGGCUCGUGUCUCUGGGUGUUCCGUUUGGGCCUGCUGGGCAGCUGCCAGCGAUGGACGGCAAUGACGGCGAUCGCGCGAAGGAUCACUCAGGGUCAGCCUGGCCAACGUCACGUGGUGUCAGCACCAGCAUCCCUGGCAUCCCCAGCACCCACGAUCAAACGCACCACCAACAUGACCCCUCCCUAGCCAGUCCACACUCUCGCUCAACCGCAGAGAUAAGGAGAAGUGGUUCUUCGCAGUACUCGCCCAUCCAGGCCCUCCCUUCGAGACGUCAAAGCGGCAGCUCCGAUGGGGCGAGUAGCCAGAUCUCGAGCGGAAAGGGAAAGGGACUCAUGGACGACCACGCCAGCUGGUCCGCCGCCGGCAGCUCUCGGGGUGUAAUGCUCGACGACGACGUUAUGAUAAUGCCAUGGGGAGAUGGCCCGAGUGUUGACGGGGCGACACAAGAGACGGGGUUCGCUGACGUAGAUUAUACGGCCUCCAGACACUUCUCGCGCCCCCCACCCCCGCCGCCCCUGACCCCUCCGACGCUGAGCAGCGCCGUGUUUCCGUUUGAGGACCGUCGUCACAGCUAUGCCGUCUCAGUCCCGCCCGAGCUGCUAGACGAUAGCUUUAUUCACCGGCCCAACCCAGACUACAUGGCAGGCUCCACAUCCGCAGACAUCGUCAGCUCAAGUCCAAAGAGCGAGACUUCGAUGCCUCGCCGGAGGUCGUACACCAAAAGCGUCGCCAUCGGCAUCCCCAUCCCAAACCUGGGCUCAGCUUCCUCGUCAGCAGAGACCAUGACAUCAUCCAGGACAUUCUCUCCCGCCAGCUACCCUCCCACCUCACCGUUACUUCCACCGCCUCCUCCAGGGCAAGACUUCCCGCCCGAUUACGAGUUUGUGGGGGGACCUGGCGGUCACGGUAUUGGGCCGGCGUCACAAGACGAAAUUGAUCUGCAAGGCGAAAUCAUUUCGGUCGUCGACGGCGCGGGCCACGGGUGGAAGCGCCACACACGUGUCUAUGGCGGCGGCGUAUGUCUGGCCUGCAUCGCAGCUGGAGGCCAGGGAGGCUUCUACGGCGACAAGGUCCCGCUUGCAGACAGGCGAUAG